UCAAAGCUAACUUCACGUUUAUUUUUCUCAAGCUCAUGUGGACAAAAAAAUAAAUCAAAAAUAAAAUUUUAACAAUUUCAACAAAAACUUUGUAAUAUAAAAAUAUUUUAUUAAAAUGUCUAUGUCAAUGUUGAAAAAAAGUAUGGCAAUAGUCGAAGAAGAUAUGGAAGCAACUAAAAAAAGAAAAGAAAAAGAAAGCACUGUCAAGAAAAAGGAUUUCAAAUCGAGAAACCCUCGAUAUGAAGAAUCUGCAUUCAAAAAACCUGCUAAGAAAACCAUCAAUGAUAUCAGAAAAGAAAUGGAAUCGAGUAAUGCAAGAGCUGCACAAAAUGUAAACAAACUUCUUAUGUUUUCCAAACAUGGAGCCAAGAUCAAGAAUGCGGAAAAGAUUUUUGAACGAAUUCAUAAUAAGAAAUAUGUUAUCAAGAAGCCAAAACCAGACGUGCAAGAAGAGGAAUCUAUUUUCACCGAAGAAGAUUUCGCUAAUUUUGAAAAAGAACUUGCUAUGACUAUUCAAUGAUUAUAAAUUUUAUUUUAUAUACUUUUGUUUAAGAUUUACAAUUUAUUAAAAA